GCCUAUGAAAGUUGGGCGGAGCCUGGGAGAUCCGGGCUUUUCGGUGGACGUGUUGGUUCUGCCUGAAGCCGUCGUCAUGAUGGCGCCCCUGGUGUACUUGGUGGCGGCGGCGCUGCUUGUCGGCCUUAUCUUCUUUUUGACUCGCAGCCGGGGCCGGGCGGCAGCAGAGUCACCCCACAAUGAGGAGGGACCAGUAGCAGCAGGCCAGGUGGCCCAGGCUCGGCCCCUGGAGCCCGAGGAACAGAGACCUGGAGGCAGACCCCGCCGCCGUAGAGACCUGGGCAGCCGCCUCCAGGCCCAGCGUCGAGCCCAGCAGGCAGCCUGGGCAGAAGUGGAUGAGAAUGGAGAAGAAGCUGUCAUCCCAGCCCAGGAGGAAGAAGGCAUUGAGAAGCCAGUGGAAACUCACCUGUCAGGAAAAAUCGGAGCCAAGAAACUACGGAAGUUGGAGGAGAAACAGGCGCGAAAAGCCCAGCGUGAGGCAGAGGAGGCAGAACGUGAGGAACGGAAACGCCUUGAGUCCCAGCGUGAAGCAGAGUGGAAGAAGGAGGAGGAGCGACUUCGCCUGGAGGAGGCACAGAAGGAGGAGGAGGAGAGGAAGGCACGGGAGGAGCAGGCCCAGCGAGAGCAUGAAGAGUACCUGAAACUGAAGGAAGCCUUCGUGGUGGAGGAGGAGGGCGUGAGCGAGACCAUGACUGAGGAGCAGUCCCACAGCUUCCUGACAGAGUUCGUCAACUACAUCAAGCAGUCCAAGGUGGUGCUCUUGGAAGACCUGGCUUCUCAGGUGGGCCUGCGGACUCAGGACACCAUAAACCGCAUCCAGGACCUGCUGGCUGAGGGGACUCUAACAGGUGUGAUUGACGACCGCGGCAAGUUCAUCUACAUAACGCCAGAGGAGCUGACUGCUGUGGCCAACUUCAUCCGACAGCGGGGCCGGGUGUCCAUCGCCGAGCUUGCCCAGGCCAGCAACUCCCUCAUCACCUGGGGCAGGGAGCCUCCUACCCAGGUCCCCGCCUGACCCCAGCCCUUCUCUCUUGGACUCGGAGCUGGUGCAGCCUACCUAACCACACCUUCAUCUUUCCUUACCAUCCUGGGGCAGGGAUGGAGUGUGACCAAGCAGUUACAAAUUAAAGCCCAUGAGCACUGCUGA